GUGGUGGCUUCUGCCCCUGGGUGGACGAGUCGGGGAAAAAGAAGCAAAAAGUAAAAUCUUAACAAAUUUUUCCGUCCCAAGGUUUAGAUUUAAGUUUUCUCUUUUUUUCCUUCUCUAGGAUUCAUCGGCGUAUGAAUGGAGAAGAUGGGAGCCGCCGACUCUCAGCUUGAGGACCUCUUCGAGCAGAAGAAGCCCGUCAGGAACCCUCUCGUCCCCGUCGGUGCACUUCUUACCGCUGGUGUGCUUACAGCGGGCCUGAUCAGCUUCAGACAAGGAAAUUCUCAACUGGGACAGAAGCUAAUGAGGGCUCGUGUUGUAGUUCAGGGUGCGACGGUUGCUCUGAUGGUUGGCAGUGCUUAUUACUAUGGAGAUUGAUUUAUGGUUUCUAAGAAAUGAAGUGACCUUGAAUAAAAAUGGUAGGGAAUCGUGCUUUUUGCUCUGUUCCGUUAUCUGUGGCUGAAGGUUUUUUUUCCUAAAAUAUUCUGGACCAUAAUCCCUGUCACGAAAAGAAAAUCUUCUGUAAACAGAGAGACAGCUGAUGUUAUCACCUGCAGAAAUAUAGUCAUGACUAAAUGAAUAAUGUUCAGCAUUAUACGCUUGCUACUGCUAGUUUAUUGCAGCAAUUGUAUGGCUAAAUUUUAUGCAUAUUUUUAUGAUUUUAUGCCUGUAA